AUGGCCAGUCAAGGACAGUUUUCCAAGUAUGGCCUAACUGAAAAGAUUUUGACGCGGUCUACUUUAAAGAAAAAAGAAGCUACAGUUAACCCAGUAAAAGUGUUUGCUGAAAUGAUUCUUAAAAUGGACCUUUUAAACGGCAAAACACCAUUGCAAAAGAUUCAAGAUUACAGUGAAGAUCAUUCAUUUAUGAUUAAUCUUUACGACUCGACAGUGGACUUUAAUCCACAAAUUGAGCAGGCCAUUUUCGAAGAGAAACCCGAUUGCUUUAUUCUCGAUCACUUUUUAGGUAUAUUUUCCGCCUGCGGUAUUAAAGUCAAAAAUUCCGUGGAUUCAUUUGUACUCAACCCCUACCUCAAUUUGUACGGUUUUCCAAAGGAGUUGGACUACGACGACAUUGUUCCCAUCCCACCCAAAACCAUUCGCGUUGAUGCUUUUUGCAGGGAAAACAGUACUUUUGACACUACAUUUGAGCUUCCUGAAUCAUUUGUGAAAAAACCUGGAAAGAUUAUUUACCUAUCAAUGGGCUCGAUGGGGAGCAUUGAAAUCAAUCUGAUGAAACGAAUUUUGCGCGUAAUUGAGAAAACCAAAUACAAGUGCAUCGUUUCAAAAGGAGUUCGCGCUGAUGAGUAUUCACUGCCAGACAACUGCUGGGGAGAGGCCUUCUUGCCACAAACUCGAAUUCUGCCGCUCUGCCAACUGGUCAUUUCCCAUGGAGGGAACAACACUGUCUGUGAAAGUGUGUGCUUUGGAAAACCAAUCAUUGUGCUUCCUUUGUUCUCUGAUCAAAUUGACAACAGUCAACGCAUUCAGGAGAAAGGAUUCGGUUUACGAAUGGAGGUCAACUUUGAAGAGAACGCCCUACUGAAUGCAAUUGAUAAGCUAAUUAACGAUGAUUUACUGCAGGAAAAACUGACAAAUGUUGCCAAAAGAAUCAAGGAGGAUAAUAGCAAAGCUCAAGCUUGUAAGGAAAUUGAGCGGUUGCUGGAAACUGAGUGGAUAAAGAAAUAA